CCCUUCUGCCCUUUCUCUCUCUACCCUUUAUCUCUCUAUAAAUCUCCCCAAAACCCCUCUUUUUCUUCCUUCUUUCUUCACGCCCUCCCCAAUCUCUUUUUUCCCGUUUACCCUCGCAGGGGUAGUUGUGAGCGCCUUUGCUGCCUGUGAAGAGAUGAGGAGCACCGUUUCGGUGUCUGAUUGGAGAGAUUCGGUGGUAUGCCCUAAACCUCGGCGACUCGGCCUCCUAGGACACGCCAUCAACGACCCGAUCCGGCCGUUGAGAUGGCAGCUGAGUCAUCAGACAGAGCAGGCAGGAACGGAGCUUCUAGAUAUUAUUCUUACAAAGGGAUCACACGGCUCAGAUCAAAUGUCGAGCCAGGUAGCGUCAUCCCCGCCGUACUUUUGCGGGUCUCCGCCGAGCCGGGCCCCUAACCCAUUAGUCCACGACGCUCGCUUCGGCGAUGAGAAACUAACCCCUAUAUCAUCCCCACUGCCGAUUCCAUCGGGCCUAUCGUCGUCCCCAUCGACAGCAUCGUCCCGAAAAGGGUGUGUCCGUACUAAGUUUGGACACGCCCCGGCAGCGGUGAGGAUUGAGGGCUUUGAUUGCCUCGACAGGGAUCGCAGGAGCUGCCGCAUCUCUGCCGUUGCAUGAGAGCCCUAUCUAGCUAACCCAAGACCAAGUACAUAAAGAUUUUCAACAACCACAACACAACAUCAACAGAGAACUAAAAAGAUUUAGAGGAUAUAAAUUGAGGAAAUGUGGAGAGAUUGAGAUGAAGAGAGAGGUUUCUGUUAUUAUUGUAUAUACAUCCUAUCAUUUUCUUCUUGGGUUUUUUUUUUUUUUUUAAGGUAGGUUUGAGUUGUCCAAUGUAUAUGUAAGUAGAUUUUGAAUAAAGAGACGGAGGCAACCUUAUUUAAGUAGGAGGGGUUUUUGGGAGUCAUUUUGAGUCCAAGGUUGUAAAUUGUAAUCUGGGAGGGGGUCUGUUUGGGAAGUCUUUGUCUUUGAUUUUUAAUUUGCGGCCAAAAAUCUGUAUAAAGAAUGUUUUUAGGGGGAUUUAAGUGUCAUCCACCGUCCAUCUUCCGCGAGAAUCAUGUGUUUGUAAAUGAAUGUAUCCACCUUUUACUUUAAAUUUUUUUAGCCCUUCUGUA